CUAUGUUUUGGUGCAGUCCUACAAACUCUUAUGAAUGUGGGGAGGAAUCGACAGUUUCUCUGGUUUUGAUUCGAGGUUUAGUGAAUUUGUUGGAGAGUAGAGAGUGAGAGAGUGAGAGGCGGAGAGAUGGGAUGUUCUUCUUCAAAGCUGGAAGACGAGGAGCCUGUCCAGCUAUGUAAGGACCGGAGGAAAUUCAUCAAACAGGCUGUCGAAUAUAGAAUCCACUUCGCUACCGGGCAUGCUGCCUACAUUCAGUCUCUAAGGCGUGUUUCCCUUGCGCUUCAGACGUAUGUCGAGGGAGACGAGCACCGCGAAUUCCUCUCUGAUCCGUAUACAACUCCCUCUUUCACACCUGUAAAGAAAACGGCCCCUGAAAUCGUCACCAUUCCUAUUCCUUUGAAAUCCUUACCUGCGACACCAGUUCAAUCCCAUACCCGUUCUUCUCAUGUCGUCAACUAUCUAAGGUCUGGUGGAAAUCCGUCAGUUUCCGUCGAGGAGAGGCCCCAGUCACCAGAGACCGUGAGAGUUGAAUCUUACUCGUCCCCGGCACAACAUUUUGGGAUUGAUGGGUUUUUUGCCAUGCAAUCAUCGCCUAUGAACUCUUCUUCAUUCUACUCUUCGCCCCACAACAGGGCAGUCAUUCCUCCACCGUCACCUCAAACAUCCCAAUGGGACUUCUUUUGGAACCCCUUUUCGUCUCUGGACAGGUAUGGCUACCCCACCCGAACCAGCUUUGAUCAGAUGAUCAUCGAUGACGAGGUGAGUGAGCUAAGGCAGGUUCGGGAAGAGGAAGGGAUUCCUGAUUUAGAGGAAGAAGAUGAAGAUGAUUUCGAAUUCGCAGUGGGAGAGAAGAGGGAAGAGCAGGCUAAUGUCGACUCAAGCUGCGAUUGUGAAGACAGUUUUCCUGAGGACGGUGCAGAAACUGAUGUGGAAACGGAUUCUGAGCAUGAAACAAAGGUAUUCAAAUCACAAACUACAGAACGCAGCGAAGUAUCGGAAGCAAGGAAUGCAGUGGAACUUGAGGUUGGUAAUGGGGAACAGGUGGCGGUGAGCGAUCGAGCUGCGGCGUCGGAAGAAACGCCUGGUUUUACUGCUUACGUAAACCGAAGGCCGACGAGUAUGGCAGAGGUUGUUACAGAACUCGAGAAUCAGUUCACAAUCGUCUGUGAUUCUGCUAAAGAGGUUUCUACGAUGUUGGAGGCCAGCAAAGCGCAGUAUGCUACCACUGGAAACGAGCUGACAGCUAUUAAAAUGUUGAAUCCGGUAGCCUUAUUCCGCUCAGCAUCCUCCCGUUCGACAUCUUCUAGAUUCUUCCAUGCAUCCUCCAGCUCAAGAGACAUGGACGGCUACGAAAGCAGCAGCGACGUCUCCGAGGAUUCUUGUAUGUUUUCCGGCAGCCACCAAACGACGUUGGAUAGACUGUAUGCAUGGGAGAAGAAGUUGUAUGAGGAAGUCAAGUCGGGAGAACGCAUUCGGAUGGCAUAUGAGAAGAAGUGUAAGCAGCUCAGGGGCCAGGAUGUGAAGGGUGAAGAUCCUUCCUCCCUCGAUAAAACAAGGGCUGCAAUUAGAGAUCUGCACACCCGGAUCAAGGUUUCCAUACAUUCAGUGGAAUCUGUGUCGAAGAGAAUCGAGACGUUGAGGGAUGAAGAAUUGCAGCCUCAGCUCAUGGAGCUGAUACAGGGGUUAGCGAAGAUGUGGAGAGUCAUGGCGGAGUGCCACCGCUCUCAAAAGCGCACGAUAGACGCGGCCAAGCUCCUCCUCGCCGGCACGCCUCCGAAACACCCCGAUGUAUCAGGGGAUCUUGAACCGAGCCGGCUCGCUCGGGCCGCAGCGAGCCUCGAGUCUGAGCUCCGGAACUGGCGCGCCUGCUUCGAGUCCUGGAUUGCCUAUCAGCGAUCCUACGUGCGGGCCCUCACCGGGUGGGCCAUGCGCUGCGCCCGGUCCGAACCCGAACCCGAACCUGAUCCCGAUACCGACACGCCGAAACCCCCGCUCUCUCCCCGCCGGUCCUCGGGCACCCCGCCGCCCAUCUUCGGGAUCUGCGUACAGUGGUCCCGGUUUCUCGACACCAUCCGCGAGGCCCCUGUGAUUGACGGCCUGGAUUUCUUCGCGGCCGGCGUCGGGUCGGUGUACGGACGGGAGGAGGCGGCGAAGCGGUCGAAACGUUCCGGUGUCGGGUUUUCCGCUGACUCGGAAGGGAAGAUGGAGAUCGUGGAGGUGGAGAGGGAGGAGGAAGCGACGGCCGUUAAGACGGCGGACCUGGCAGUUAGGGUUUUAUGUGCCGGGAUGGGUGUUGCCGUUAGCUCGCUGACGGAGUUCGCCGUUACCUCGGCGGAGGGCUACGAGGAGCUGGUGAAGCAAUGGGAGAAAGACACGUGGGCACAGGUACGGGUUGGGGUGUAAUUAUGGGGAUUGCCGGGGGUAGAAAUGUAACUCUGUAAAUAUAAGCUUCUCGGGCGGGGAGGUUUUUGGGAGUUGUUUGGGCUUGUGGGGUGACUGGAAUGGGCAAAAUGGACAUUCUCCUAAAAGGUUAAAGACAUAAAUGCCCUCUUUGUUUCCUAAGAAUGCCUUUUUUCCGUGUUUGCGGAGGCAUAUUAGCUUCGCGUGCACAUUCACACGUGGGCACACGUGGCAUCGUAGCAAGCGUGCGGGACAUAUGUACCAUGUGUAAUAUCAAUCUCACAGUGAAAUUUUACCAGGCAGCACAAAUCGGGGCCAGUCCACUCAUCAGGUGUUAA